AUGAAUGUGAUGAAUAUAGACAAUGAAGUUGAGUUAAAUGAAAUAUUGGAAGAUGGAAUUGGAGAUGAAGAUGAUGAGGAAGCAUCUUUUGACAAUAAUGUUGAAGUACCUUCAACUUUUACUAAUAUGGAAGGAAAAAAUUUGACUAUUGAUGACAAUUGGAUUAUGACACAAUCAACGAAUAAAAAUGAUUUUACGCGAAAGUUGGGAAAAGAUUCUUUCAAGGAUAAAGAGGAACUUGUUAGAGCAGUCAAGAUCCAUAGCAUUAGGACACAUAGACAAUUUGAGGUUAUUGAGUCACGCCCAACUAUUUGGACUCUAAGAUUCAAGUUAUACUUACAAUCUAGUUGCAAAUGGAAACUUCAUGCAAGUAAACGUAUAUGUAGUGGUUAUUUUGAUAUCACAACGUAUACUAGUCCGCAUAUUUGUUUACACUAUAAGCUUUCUCUAGACCAUCCAAACCUAGAUGCAAGCGUGAUUGCUAUGGAAACUAGGCACCUUAUAAAAGAGCAACCUUCUAUCAAUAUUCUUGAUUUGAGAGCUGAAAUAGUUGAAACAUUGGGCUAUACUCCUUCAUAUAAGAAGAAUCAUGUGGUGAAAGACCAUGAAGGCAUAUGUCUAAUAUCUGAUCGUCAUGGUGGAAUUCUUAAGGCUGUCAAUGAGCAUGGGUCUCCAUCGUUAGAGUCGCGUGGUUUCAUAGAAUUGAAAGCUUUAGCUUAUCGUGCCGGGAGUGAGAAUCAAAUUCGAAAGUUCAACUCCAUCAUGGAAGAAAUUAGGAAGCAAAAUCAACGUGUUCGACAAUGGUUGGAGAGCCAUCCACUUAAUAGAUGGACACUUGCACAUGAUGGUGGAAGAAGAUAUGGGUUGGUCACAACAAAUUUGUUAGAGAUUUUCAACAGUGUACUUAAAGGUGCUCGUUUUUUUUACCAAUCACAGCUUUUGUGCAACUUACAUUCUAUAGAAUGGUGCAUUAUUUUGAGGUGA